CUUGUGCAACACAUCUUCUAUUCUGCGGUAAAGAUGGCGGCGUCAGAGGGGGCGCGUAGUGGCCGGACAACGGCAAAACGAUUCUGAAAAGCUCCAGAUUUGACCGAGUCUCGCUCGUAAGGCACCUUUAAUUUCUGCUCGGAUAUCAUCUAGAUCCCUGGAAUAAAGAGAAUCGCUGUCACACGCCGGGGUUGCGAUUUUAUUGUUAAAGGCAGGGUGGGUGGGUUUCGCUGAUGCUAACGUUAGCUAACAGACUAGCCAAGCGAGCUAAUACGGGCUAGUUUACGUUAGCUCGGUAAAGAAGAGCGGGGAGGAGAUUGAGGAAGACUAUUCGGGCCAGGCCGCUCCAGCUGGGGGGGAUGUGAACCAGAGGUGCGCAGGGGGUUUGCUCGCUUCGUCCCAAACGUCCUUACACCAAAGUACCGGGAUGGGACAGCAGGUAGGCCGCGUCGGUGAGAGCACAUCGACCGGACUCCAGCCACCACAGCCCCACGCGUCCCAACCGCACCAAGGGAAGGGGAACCGGGGGAGCGGCGCCGGGAGGAGACCCCGAGAACCCGGCAGUAGCACCGGGACACCGCCAGGCAGGGCUGCUGCAGUCAACGUGCCCGACCCAGGGAUCAAUAUCUUCACACUGCAUUCAGAGGCUCUCCACCGGCCGUUCGGCCUGGACUCUGCAGCGCUGACGGAGGCGGUGCGCUGGAGCUCCAAGGAGAACCUGCUGGGGGCGGCCGAGAGCGACCCUAACCUCUUUGUUGCACUUUAUGAUUUCGUCGCCAGCGGAGACAACACGCUCAGCAUCACUAAAGGUGAGAAGCUGCGUGUGCUGGGCUACAACCAGAAUGGAGAGUGGAGUGAAGUGCGCUCUAAGAACGGCCAGGGUUGGGUGCCCUCCAACUACAUCACGCCUGUCAACAGUCUGGAGAAGCACAGCUGGUACCAUGGGCCCGUGUCACGCAGCGCCGCUGAGUACCUGCUCUCAUCCCUCAUCAACGGCAGUUUCCUGGUCCGGGAAAGCGAGAGCAGCCCCGGACAGCUGUCGAUUUCUCUCCGCUAUGAGGGAAGAGUCUACCACUACCGGAUCAACACAGCCUCUGAUGGAAAGGUGUAUGUGACGUCUGAGAGCCGUUUUGCCACCCUGGCGGAGCUGGUCCACCACCACUCCACUGUAGCCGAUGGCCUGGUCACCACCCUGCACUACCCAGCCCCCAAGUGUAAUAAGCCCACAGUGUACGGUGUGUCACCCAUCCACGACAAGUGGGAGAUGGAGCGCACAGAUAUCACCAUGAAGCACAAGCUGGGAGGAGGCCAGUAUGGGGAGGUGUAUGUGGGAGUGUGGAAAAAGUACAACCUCACGGUGGCUGUCAAGACACUGAAGGAGGACACCAUGGAAGUUGAAGAAUUUCUGAAAGAAGCAGCAGUUAUGAAGGAGGUUAAACACCCAAACCUUGUUCAGCUACUAGGUGUGUGUACGUUGGAGCCUCCGUUCUACAUCGUGACAGAGUACAUGCCACACGGCAACCUACUGGACUACUUGAGAGAUUGUGACAAGGAGGAGGUGAACGCUGUGGUGCUGCUGUACAUGGCCACUCAGAUCUCCUCUGCCAUGGAAUACCUGGAGAAGAAGAACUUUAUACACAGGGAUCUUGCAGCGAGGAACUGCCUGGUUGGAGAAAAUCAUGUUGUGAAGGUUGCAGACUUUGGCCUGAGCAGGUUGAUGACUGGUGACACCUACACUGCUCAUGCAGGGGCCAAGUUCCCCAUCAAAUGGACUGCACCAGAGAGCCUUGCAUACAACACCUUCUCCAUCAAGUCUGAUGUGUGGGCAUUCGGGGUGCUGCUGUGGGAAAUUGCCACCUAUGGCAUGUCUCCAUACCCUGGCAUCGAUCUGUCUCAGGUCUAUGACCUCCUGGAGAAAGGUUACCGCAUGGAACAGCCCGAGGGAUGUCCACCCAAAGUCUAUGAACUCAUGAGAGCAUGCUGGCAGUGGAGCCCAUUGGACCGGCCUUCAUUUGCAGAGAUCCACCAAGCCUUUGAAACAAUGUUCCAUGACUCCAGCAUCUCUGAAGAGGUAGCAGAGGAGCUCUGUAAGACGGCCUCUUCUGGUCACUGUGGACCACUGCACCCUUUCAGUCACGACAUGCCCCUGUUGCCUUCCAAAUCUCGCACACCCCACAAGCACACAGAAAACAAGGAAAACAUUGAGGGUGGACUCGACGGACGAUCUGACCACGGCACGCACAGUCAUUCAGAGAGAACCAUGCCAAGCUGGGCUUCUACUUUGUUAGGAGGGGAUGGCCGAUCAGGAAGCUCUCCGGCUCUGCCCAGAAAACAGCAAGCACGAGAUAAAUCUCCCGGCAGCAUUUUAGAGGACGCACAGGAUAUAGGAACAUUUACACGGGAUCGCAAGACUGGCUUCUUUAGCUCCUUCAUAAAGAAGAAAUCUUCCUCCUCUUCUUCCUCCUCACCAUCCUCUCAGCUGCAACAGAACCUCCCGACACCACCCAAGAGGAGCAGUUCUUUCCGGGAGAUGGAAACGCAGCCUCACAAGAAAUACGAGCCUACUGCUGAUUUCAGCGCUCCUCCUCCUCUACCCCAGUCUGACAGCCUUGGUGGCUUCUCCGCCUCUCCCUCUCACUCCCAUGGUGAACCCACCCAGGCUCAGUCACGCUGCUGUGGGGCUGCUUUUGGACAGAAACCCUCUGGUGGGGGGCUUGCUUCACAGGUGACGAGCGGCAGCAGUUGGAGUGGGUUGGCUGGUUUUUUUACCCCUAGACUCAUCAAAAAGACACUGGGCCUACGGACAGGGAAGACAGCCUCUUCAGAGGAGGGUGGAAGUAUAGCUGGAGGGCCUAAACCCUUCCCUAGGUCCAAUUCUACCUCCUCCAUGUCAGCAGGGCUGCCAGACCUGGAGCGCAUGGCUCUGACUUUACCCAGGAACCGCAGUGCUAAACCCCCUCUAGAGAGGACUGCCUCCACAACCUCCCAGCCAGAGAAUGGCGCUGCACGGCCCUCCGAAACUCUGCUGAGGAGGCUGGAUGAGGGGACUGCACAGAUCAGGGAAAGGCCCAAAGCCAAGCUAUUACCCCGGGGCGUUGCUGUAGGAGUGAGGGCACCAGGGGUUGGAGGGGAGGUGGGGGAAUCGGACAGUCUGUCCCGGGUCAGGGAGGUUAGAGAGGAGAGUGUUGGAGGACUAGAUAGGCAGCAGAGUUGGUCAUCUCCCUCUAAGACUUCUAGUUUGAGUGCUUCAUCAGCUGUAGCAGGUGCACCAACUCACAACCACAAAGUUCCAGUCCUGAUCUCCCCCACGCUGAAACAUAGCCCAGCUGAUGUGCACUUAGUCGGGCUAGACUCUCAGGGGAACCGCUUCAAACUGCUGUCUGAGCACCAAACAGACCGGGACAGGCCGCGACUUGUAAAACCUAAGUGUGCUCCCCCUCCCCCUCCCACCCUGCGCAGCCUGCAACACUCCUACAGCGGCGACGGAGAGGAGCAGGUAGGAGGAGCACCUGUGGAAGUAAACGGAGACACGUUGAAAGGUCACCGGUUAGGGCGAAUGUCGGGAGGAGCGAUGACAGGCAGACCGUCAGUGCCACCACCACAAGUGCCUCCUGCAUCUUCCUCCACCUUUUCCUCAUCUUGCUCUGCCACCACCAACACGACUCCCACCACAAUGGCCAACGGAGCCGCCACCACUGCCGCCUCCUCGCACACAGCACCGUCUGCCAGUUCCAAAGUCGCACUGCGGCGGACCAGGCAGCAGGCAGAGAGGUUGCCCCUGGAGCGAGUGAGUCGUGAGGCCCUGUUGGACUGCGCUGAGUGCCUGAGCAGCGCCCUCCACGCCAGCUCCGAAAGCCCCUCCAGCAGCCAGGUGCUGGACGCUGGCCACCAGCUGCUAGACUACUGCUCAGGUUAUGUGGACUGCAUCCCUCAGAUGAGGAACAAAUUUGCCUUCCGAGAGGCAGUGGGAAAGCUGGAGCUCAGCCUGCAGGAACUGAGGGCCUCGUCCUCAGGAGGUGGAGGGCUGAGUGGUGUGGGGCCCAACACUGUACUGGACAACCUGCAAUGCUGUAUUAAAGAGAUUAGUGACGUAGUACAGAGGUAGCCACUGUGACACCACCCACCGUCACCCCUGACUACACGACAGACUGCUUAUAUUCCCUUUUUUUAUGUUUCUGAUUCUUUUGACAGCUUUUUGGGGGACGAAAUUAGAUGAAUCUCUAAAGUACCUCAGAGAAAUCACUACAAAAUCUAUUCUUUUUACUGUUUACAAACAACUGUUUCAUAAAAUGCCAGUGUGGACACAAAUUUUGCUCUGACCUGUACAUAUUCAGAAAUGUUUAUACCAAACUAAAUGUGGUUUAAGUCACACCAUGAAAUGUUUAGCUCCACGUCUCCACCUGGCCAUGAUAAAGGCCGCUUUGUUAAAUGAAUGUCAAGUGUAUCAGCUGUGUGUAGCCAGCCCAGAGAGUAGGUGAAGUCUAAGCUCACUCUGCUUAUCGCUCACUCUGUCACAUACUGAGCAAGAAAGAUGGUGGCUGUGCUCAGCCUUACUGAGAAUACUAGACAACUGUUUUCACUGACCCAGCUCGAACAGUGUUUUACAAAUGAGUGAAUCAUCAGUUGGGUGUUUUGCUCAGUGUCUGGGAAACUGAGUGACCAUAAGCCAUUUUUUAAAGCCAUUGUAUUCUAAAGGAUCGGAAACAUCAUCAGGAUUCAAGGUUUUGGGGUCUCAAUUUGACACUUUUAUUCUGUGUGCAGAUGUUUUUUUUUCUUCUUAUUUUCGUUUUAUUUUCAUGACCAUCAGUAUUUUUAAGAAGAUGGACAAAUGUGAUAUAAUUAUAAAUCUCCCCAAAACUGCUUUUGUUGGUAUAAGUUUAAAGCCUUGUUUUUGAGAACAAUUUUUAGAGAAUAAUCCAACUGUUUUGGUGCAGACAUUCCCACAUGUCCACACAAAGUGACUGUCGAGAAAGACUGAAGGGAUCACUUACAUCAUUGAAAGUUGUGUGCAUUUAUUUGACAAGUGUGUAAAUAAGCUUAAAGAAACGUGUAGGUUUCAGUUUUGCCAAAUACAGGCUUAUCAAAUCUAUAAAAAAAAAAGAUUUAUAUGAAUCUAUUUUAUUUAUUCCCCACAAUACUAAAACAUGAUGAAUUAACGUAGGGUGUCUCAUCAUAUGCACAGCAUUUGUCUUCGCUUCAAUGACGUGACUCAUGUUCACACCUUAACACAGUGCCACAUAAAUGGGGGAAAUCACCAGUCUCCUAAAGCAUUUCAAUAUUUAUGUCCAGUUAUUCUUGCACACGGAUUUUCUUCCUUGUGUGGUGGAAUAUAAAAGAGUGGAGGAUAGGGGAGGGGAGAGCACAGGGUAGCGCAUGUGCAGGUGAAUUGGGACAGUAGUUCUAUAAGUGUCCUUCUGAGUAUGGACAGUGCUGGAUUCCCUGAGGCCUUGUCGUGUCCUCAGUGCCUCAAAUUCUUCCAUGUAUGAACACUGCGAAAUGCAGAGACCUACUUUACACUAAUCACACAGUACCAAUCUCUCAACAAGCAAACUGCAGUAUGUCUUCAGCACAUGAGCAAUUUGUACAUUAUUUGGUUCAAAGUAAAAUGCUUUUUAGAAUGUCUAUGUAUGAACUUGAAUUUUAAAUUAUUCCUGUUUUUUUUUUUGUUUUGUUUUUUUAAUUAAAAGCACAGACCUAUUUUGAGAGAAAAAGUUAUGUAAAUAUUUGAUUUAUUUCAUAUCCAGGAAACAAAAGAUGUAUGUGUGGUCACAGCAUAAAGAGCAAUGUUUUUGACUGAAGAGAUGUACUGCAUAAGACUGAGGCUCAUCCACCCAGAUCUGAAUAUCUGCUUUAUGAAUGUAUUAUUCUUCCGUUCUGAACCCGGUCGAAUAUUCAUCUGCAUGACUCUUUUAAUCUCUUAAGGUGCCAUCUUUUAUUAUUUAUUGUAAUUGUUUUAAUGGCCCCACUUCUAAUUUUGGUCACACUAAAUAAUUAUGUUCAGAAACAGCUGCUCUGUUUUUUUGAGCACAAACAAAACUACAGCGCACACAACUCACACAACUUUCUUUGCUUUGGCGCACAUCUUAAUGUACACUGGAUAAGGCCUCAGACACAUUGGUUCAAUGUCACAUGUUGCAUAUGAACACUACAAAAUCUCAUCUAUAAACACUGCAGGUCUAUAACACUUUCAAAAAGCCUGUUAAUGACACUUGAUGGAUUGCCAAGUAAACUUUUGUCAACUUGUGUUGUGGUGCAUUACAUAUCAUCAUUUCAUGUUGUGUGUCAGUAUUUAUGUCCAAUUUAAUGCCAAACAGGAUCCUGUGAGACUAACCUGAUGAUUCAAUUCUAUUCACUGUGAGUUUCAAAUAACACGGGCAAAAAAAAAAAAAAAAUGCAUCAAUCAUCUUUUCUUUCAUGACUCUUGGUGCCUUUUGUGAACAAAUGAUUAUACACAUACUGUAUCACUGCAAGAAUUCACAGGUAUGGGAAUAUUAAAUGUCCAUCAUUAAACAGUAAUUUGUUUCCUUUCCUUUACUAUGAGAUUGAUAAGCAUAUCACUACAGCAUGUCAUUUGGAGGUCAAUGGUCAGAUGCAAACUUUAAACUGAAAGGUGCACUUUGUCUAUGAAGAUUAUGUAUUCAGAUACUCAGUUACUAAGGCCAUUUAUUAGUGUCCAUUAACACUGUGAGUGCAGCCACAUCUGGCUAUGUUUCCUCUCUAACAAAAGGCACAUGAGUCUUCUGCACUUAACCCAAGCUGCUCUGUUGUCUCAUAAUCUGGCCCCAUCAGAGGUUUUGUCUAAUAAAUGAAGUUUCUGUUGAUUUGUGGUGCAUCUCUGUGGAGCAGGUUUCCCCAAAAGCCUUAUCAAGAAAACAUUUACUACAUUUCCACUCUGGGCUGUUUUUUAAAGAAAUAAAACAUGUAGAUAUUCAAUCAAUAAUUACAGAGUCAACUGAUUUAUUUGGUACCGAUGUGUUUUCCUCAAAUCUGAUAUCGGAACUGACCCUGUUUAAUAUUUGAACUGACCACAAAUGUCUUCUUAUUCUCAUUGUCAGUCUUCUGCAUUGUCUUUAUGUUGGCUGCAUUUAUCCUGUAUAUCUGUUUUUUCCCCCUCCUGUCUCUGUUUUAGAGAACAGCUUUGGAGAAUGUGUGUACACAUCAUUAUACCAAAGGCCACUUCUUCAGUUGUACGAGUGCAAUGUAAACCAACACACAAAAUAAUGGAAUAUGUGAAUCUAAAACAGGGAUAAAAAUGGCAGAGAUGUUAUCAUUAACUUUUUUACUGUACAAAAUAUAUAUAUUUUGUGUUUUUGUUUUGUUUUUUUUAUUUAAAGCUCACGUUAUAUUACUGUGAAGUUUUGCUUAUCAGUGUUAAGCCUAUUGUAAAUAAUAAAGAUAUUGAUCAA